AUGUACGGACCAGUUGAAUUUUCAGAAGCUGAUUACCCACAAGUUGAAUAUCAAAGAAAACAACAAUUUUGGGACCCAAUAAGGCUAGCUCUUUACACUGUGGCAAUUGUAGCAAUCAUAGGAAUCGCAACUGGCAUUGUUACUCAUUUUGUUGUUGAGGAUGAUAAGUCAUUCUAUUAUCUUGCCUCUUUUAAAGUUACAAAUAUAAAAUACAAAGAAAAUUAUGGAAUGAGAACCUCAAGAGAGUUUAUGGAAAGAAGUCAUCAGAUUGAGAGAAUGAUGUCUAGGAUAUUUCGACGUUCUGGAGACGGUCGGUUUAUCAAGUCUCAUGUUAUCAAAUUACGACCAGAUGAAAAUGGUGUGAAUAUUCUUAUAGUGCUCAUGUUUCGAUACCCAUCUACUGAUAGUGCUGAGCGAAUCAAGAAAAAAAUUGAAAGGAUUUUAUAUCAAAGUCUGAAGACAAAACAGUUGCCUUUGACUAUAAACAAACCAUCAUUUACACUCACAUCUAUUGACAGCAAAAAGAUGCAAAAUCUUCUCAACAGCCGCUGUGGAAUAAGGAUGACCUCUUCAUACAUGCCAUUACCAGCAUCCUCUUCUACUGAAAGGAUUGUCCAAGGAAUGGAAACAGCUAUGGAAGGGGAGUGGCCAUGGCAGGCCAGCCUGCAGCUCAAAGGGGCGGGACAUCAGUGUGGAGCCAGCCUCAUCAGUAACACUUGGCUGCUCACAGCAGCUCACUGCUUCCGCAAAAAUAAAGACCCAAGUCAAUGGAUUGUUACUUUUGGUACAACUAUAACACCACCUGCAGUGCAACGAAAUCUGGGGAAAAUUAUCAUCCAUGAAAAUUACCAUAGAGAAACAAAUGACAAUGACAUUGCUUUGGCUCAGCUUGCUACUCAAGUUGAGUUUUCAAAUACAGUUCAGAGAGUUUGCCUCCCAGAUUCAUCCAUAAAGUUGCCACCUAAAACAAGUGUAUUUGUCACAGGAUUUGGAUCCACUGUAGAUGAUGGACCUACACAAAAUAGACUUCGGCAAGCCAGGGUGGAAACCAUAAGCACAGCUGUGUGCAACAGAAAGGAUGUGUAUGAUGGCCUGAUAACCUCAGGAAUGUUAUGUGCAGGGUUCAUGGAUGGAAAAGUAGAUGCAUGUAAGGGAGAUUCUGGUGGACCUCUGGUUUAUGAUAAUCAUGACAUCUGGUACCUUGUCGGUAUAGUAAGCUGGGGACAAUCAUGUGCACUUCCCAAAAAACCUGGAGUCUACACAAGAGUGACUCAGUAUCGAGACUGGAUCGCCUCAAAGACUGGUAUCUAGUGUGAACUGUCCAUGAAUUAUAUCCAUGGCACAUAGAGCUAAAGCUCCUGCAUAUUGUAUAUUUAUAUUCUUGGGGUUUGGAUCAAUGCUUUUGCUGGAUGUCAAGAAGUCCUUCAGACUUGAACUAAUCUCAUAUCAUUAGGUGGACUUUGUGUACAUGUGACAGAACUCUUCCCUACCCUAAGGGAAGAAGACAGCGAAUGACAAGUAGCACUGACUCCUCACUCACACGGUAAACUGUGAUCUUAUUCAUCAGAUGCAUGUUUACAAUUGGUUUCCCCCAAGUGAAGAUGGGAAACAUCAUUUUCCACAGGAUAUAAAGAGCUGCCAGGGCUGCCAAAAUCUUACCACAUAUAGUACCAGGAGCACUUGGGAUUCUUCUAGUAAAAAAUCAAACAGCAAUCCUCUCUAAGGAUUCAAGGCUUCAACCUUCCAGGACUGAUGACUGAACACUCAAUGGCUAGAAUGGAGAAGCAUGGGAUUUGCAAUGUACCUUGAACUCUAACUUGGGUUUAUAAAUAAUAAUACAGAGCAUUAUCACUAACCACAAGAGUUGCCACUUAAAAGAUGUUGAAAUGUAUCUGAACUUGGUAUUAACAUUGUGUUAUACACACAAGCACUAGCUUCAGGAUGUAUGUUGUACUGUUAAUAAGCAUUUCUGAUUUAUUCUUUAACAGCAUCUUGCUAUCCAUACAUCAGUUGGAGUUAGACCACAAGGGAGAAUAAAGAAGAAUCUUGGGAGCACUUUUCCAUGGGUACAAGGAGAAUAAAAUAAACCAAUGGGACCCAGGCUAGCAGAGUUGGUUUCAAAUGAUUAAUGAUAAAAGAAGCACACUUUAGAUUUUUGGUAGAA